AUGAAUUCAAAUCUACCCUACAAACCAUCUCCUUUGUCAUUCAACUCUCCGCGGGCAUCCCCUUUCCGACGGCCGUCAUCGCCCGGCUCACCCACCACGGCAAUCCGAUCCAGCACACCGCCGGCCAACUCACCCGGAAGAGGGCAUACGCCAGUCACAUCUCCCAGCAAACUAAAUCAAUCAUAUACUGUGGGCGAUAACGACGAAGCCCUUACAGAGGACGAUCAGCCAGUCUCUCCAGCCAAGUCCCCGAGAUGGAGGGAGCCGCCAGUGUCGCCUACAAAAGGCGCAGCCGCAGCCGCUAGGAACAGCUUCUCCUCACAGAUAAGUGCACGAUCGCUUCGUCUAAACAUUGUCGGCAAUGAUACUUUAUCAAAGUUACCCGCGUCUCAAGUGAGGGAUAUGCGGGAGGCGUUUCAGGUUCUGGACCGCGAUAAUGACGGUAGCGUCAAUCGUGAUGAUGUCGCUGAUGUACUGUCGAAUCUGGGCCAAGAUCCAUCAUCUACUGCAACUGCUCAGUAUUUUCCUGCUGGAGCAGCACAAACUAUGAAUCUACCCACAUUUUUGAACACCCUGUCUGGUCUGCUGGCACCUUUAUCUUCUCAAAAAGAGUUACUCAACGCAUUUGCUGCAUUUGAUGAUGAUGAUAGCGGGCAGGUAGACGUGGCCGAGCUUCGUGAUGCACUGCUGCACACGAAUCCGGAUAUUGGAGAAAGCCCGUUGACAGAAAGGGAGGUAGACGAAGUCUUGAGUGGGUUCACCGGACGAAGGGCAUUUGGUGGUAGGGCGAAGCAAGCGUUCAGUGGUCAAAAGAGAGGCGACGUAUUUUAUUAUGAGGAUUUUGUUGGCAGUAUUAUGGGGAGUUCGGAUAACGGGAACGGAUCGAAUAGUGCCGCAAAACCUCCUCCAGCUACAUAG